UCGCAUCGKAUCGUUCGGAACGCGCUGAGCCCAAAAACGACAAGAAGAAAAUUUGAAAGAAAUCGUCGAGCGCCGAGCAAAACGAGCAGCAGCGUCGAGACGGGGCACGUUAAACGGCACAAAAGUGUAGUGUAGUUCUAGGCUUUAAGUUAUUAUCCCUUUUUUUUUGUUUUUGGUUGGGUUUCUGCUUCUUCUUCGUUGCAAUCCUUUUGGUUUGUCACAGAAACCCAUACACACGCCCAAAGAUACCGAGAGCUGCGGCAGCGGACAAACUAUUCCAGCGAUUAUGUUUAUUGGCAGCGCGCACAACAACCAAAAGUCCAGCAAAUAGCGCAAUGUUGUCCAAUCCGCACCCAACCUAUGCUAACGCGCUGGGCACAUUCAACUGAGCGAGAGGGAGAGAGCAAGAGGGGGAGCGCGAGCGGCAGGCGAGCGGAAGGAGAAGAAAUUAAGGCGCCUGCACCGGAGAACGCAUAAUCAUAGCAUAAUCCUGGGCAAGGAACACGAGCACUAUUCAGCCAUGAAUCUGAUCAACAUGGAUUCGGAGAAUCGGGUCGUGCUCAAUGUGGGCGGCAUUCGGCAUGAAACGUACAAGGCGACACUGAAGAAGAUUCCAGCCACGCGUCUAUCACGUCUGACCGAGGCGCUGGCCAACUACGAUCCCAUACUGAACGAGUACUUCUUCGACAGGCAUCCAGGUGUAUUCGCACAAGUGCUCAACUACUACAGAACUGGCAAGCUGCAUUAUCCUACAGAUGUGUGCGGUCCGCUGUUCGAGGAGGAAUUGGAAUUUUGGGGUCUCGACUCGAAUCAGGUGGAGCCCUGCUGCUGGAUGACCUAUACACAGCAUCGUGACACACAAGAAACCCUAGCCGUACUCGAUCGCUUAGAUCUGGAUACGGAAAAACCGUCCGAAGAGGAAUUGGCACGCAAAUUUGGCUUCGAGGAGGAUUAUUACAAAGGCACCAUCUCCUGGUGGCAGGAAAUGAAGCCGCGCAUUUGGUCGCUAUUCGACGAGCCAUACAGUUCAAAUGCCGCCAAGACCAUUGGCGUCGUCUCGGUGUUCUUCAUAUGCAUUUCGAUAUUGUCCUUCUGUCUGAAAACCCAUCCGGAUAUGCGUGUGCCCAUCGUGCACAAUGUCACAGUGAAGACGGCGAAUGGCAGCGCCGCCUGGUUCCUGGACAAGUCAAUGACCAAUGCGCACAUUGCCUUCUUCUACAUAGAAUGCGUUUGCAAUGCCUGGUUUACGUUCGAGAUAUUGGUUCGCUUCAUCUCGUCGCCGAACAAGUGUGAAUUCUUAAAGUCAUCUGUUAACAUCAUAGAUUAUAUAGCGACGCUUAGUUUUUAUAUUGAUCUAGUGCUUCAGCGAUUCGCAUCGCAUCUGGAGAACGCUGACAUACUCGAGUUCUUCUCGAUUAUACGCAUCAUGCGUCUGUUCAAGCUGACCCGCCAUUCAUCCGGCCUGAAAAUCCUGAUACAGACGUUCCGCGCCUCCGCCAAGGAGCUAACACUUCUGGUAUUCUUCCUGGUGCUGGGCAUUGUGAUCUUUGCCAGUCUCGUCUAUUAUGCCGAGCGCAUACAGCCCAAUCCACACAACGACUUCAAUAGCAUACCGCUGGGCCUGUGGUGGGCACUGGUCACCAUGACUACCGUUGGCUACGGCGACAUGGCGCCCAAGACCUACAUUGGCAUGUUUGUCGGCGCCCUCUGCGCUCUGGCCGGUGUGCUAACCAUUGCACUGCCAGUGCCCGUCAUUGUUAGCAACUUCGCCAUGUACUAUUCGCAUACGCAGGCGCGAGCCAAACUGCCAAAGAAGCGUAGACGAGUGCUUCCCGUCGAACAGCCGCGACAGGCCCGACUGCCAGGUGAGCGCGCUCCAGGCGGCGUCAGUGGCUGUGGCACUCCAGGCUCUGGCCCACACUCCGGCCCCAUGGGCUCCGGGGGCACUGGACCCCGUCGCAUGAACAAUAAAACCAAGGAUCUGGUCAGCCCCAAGUCAGUUGCUCAACUCUUCACAGGUCCCCUGGGCGCCAGCAUCGUUGCGAUGAGUCCACGCACCAUGCUAGACUUGAAUCCGGCACUGGCCAUGGGUAAGCCCACGUUUCAGCCACGUUUUCCAACCCAAUCGGCUGCCACGCCCCCCAUGGCGCCCACAAUCCCAGUGACAUUGGCUGCGAACAUAACGGCCACAGCGGCCGGAGCAGCGGCUGCUGCAGCAUCUGGAACACUGCCAGCGGUGCCCAGCAUAGCGGUGUCGACCACCGCCAGCAUCGGCAAGGAUAGCACCGCUACYGGCACCACCACCACCACCAGCACCACCACCCUGGAGGCCAGCAAGAAGGCGUUCCUCUAAGCAGCCGCCCUCAUCUCUCAAGUCCCAUCAAGCAAUACCUAGCCUAUAGCCUAUUGUAACCUUCGCAUACGUAUAUGCCUACCUAUGAGUAAUUAUCAAUCUAUUAUCACGCGAACAACACUCCCAUAUCAUGACAUACAUAUUACUGUAGCUAUAUAAGUAUUAUUACAAUUAAUAAUGCAUUCGGCACUGCUUGGCAUUUUGGAGACGACACGAAUCCAAAGCGACGUUUUUAACUAUGAAGGUUUUUAGUAUUAUAUUUAAAUUGUUUUAUCGAUCCACUUCUUUUUAUAUACCUAUAUAGAUAUGUCUUAUGUUAGAAAUAGCCAAUGUUGUAUAUACUGCAUAGCUAACGAUUUUAACGAUUGGUUAAGAUCAACAAUAGAAAUACAGAAAUUUUUUAUGCAAACAAUUUUUUAAAUA